AUGUCGUCGCGGGACGAUAAACGCCGUACAGUGCCCAAAUUCGCAUCGUUUAAGCCCAAACAGUCCCCGCCGCCAGCACAGGAGCCCCCGACCAAAUCCCCGUCGGAGGCGGCACGGACAACGGCACGGGAAACAGCACGGCCAAUCCGCUCUAUAGACGACGCCCCUAGGACUGCAGACAAAUCAAAAUCGUCUCGCCGGCACGACGCCGAUCUGGACCGCCGCCGAGACCAAAACCGGGACCGAGGCCGAGACCGAGACCGCCAUGGACAGGCCAGCCUCGCAGCCUCGCCCGCACCCGCCAAGGAAACACCCGGCGGCAGCGAUAUCUUCUUCUUCGACAACGCCGGCGAUCGCCUGAUCUUGAAGUACGGGAGCAAUGACCGCUCCAAGGUCCCGCUGUACCGCCGCUUCGGCCGCGGCAAGCUCAUGGGGUCGAGUGGCUUGCUUGCCAUCAACCGCGAUGGUCCCAGAGAAGAGUUCACCCUUAGGACCUACGGCGGCGGCAGUUCUGCUUUCCGUGACAAAAACCUCUUGGCAAAAGCCCGCCAGUCAAAGUCCAAACGGAUCAGGCCGACAGCCAAGGAUGCUAUUCCGACCGGUUCUGAGGAUUUUGUCGCUUUGGAGCCUCCGAGGAAGCGCAGACGAGGUGAGGACCGCCUCGACUCACCACCUGGGGCUGGGAUGCCCGACUACAGGUCCAUAUAUAGCAAGGCCAAGACCGGCAGCCACCCAGAGAGAGACAGCGACAGCGACAGUGCAUCUGAUUCUGGCGGCGAUGUCUCCUCGAGCCCCGAAGCCGAGGACGACUCCGAGAUGACCACCGCCAAGAAGAGAUCAAUCGAGCUGUCGCGGCGAGUCAGAGAUGAUCCAUCUGACAUCGAGGCAUGGCUUGACAUGGUUAAGCUCCAGGAUCGUCUCUUCCGCGAGAGCGGUGGAGAUUAUCACCAGAGAAGCCCAGACGAGGUCAAGGGACUGGCUGCCCUGAAAUUGUCACUCUACGAAGAAGCUCUCCCUCAUGCGGUGCUGUCUCUCGACCGGGAGAGGAUCCUCGAGGGGAUCAUGCACGAGGGGUCCAGAGUGUGGGAACCUCGGGUCCUCAGGAAGCGCUGGGACGAGGUGACAAAGAGCGACGGUCGCAGUUUCGUCCUCUGGAACUCGCGUCUAAACUAUGAGCUCACCCAGAUAUCCACAUUCACAUACGGAGAUGUCAAGACACUCAUAAUAGAAAGACUUCAGACCCUGAACGAGUCCCUCUCAAAGGCUGACCUGGCCCGCGAGUCGUUGUCGCUUUCUAGCCAGCUAGUCUAUGUGUUUCUCCGACUCACGCGCUUCCUCCACGACUCGGGUCGUUCCGAGCUGGCUGUAGCCGCCUGGCAAGCAGCCCUGGAAAUAGCAUUCUGUCGGCCCGUAGAAGACGACGACGAGUCGGUCAUGUCCUCUUUUGCAGACUUCUGGGAGAGCGAGGUGCCCCGGCUUGGCGAGGACUGUGCCAACGGGUGGCGCCACUUUGCCGAAUCGGCCACUAUGGCAGAUCCCCCUGGUCCCAGGCCCAUCGUCCCGAGAGAUCCCCCUCAAACCAGGGAUGCCUUCAAGGCCUGGGCAUUGAUUGAGCAAAAAGAGAUGAAAAGGUCGUGUAUGCCUGCCCGCACUCUCGACGAGGGGACUGAAGACGACCCCUUUCGGGUCGUGACCUUCUCGGAUAUCAAGGACCUUCUGGUUUGGCUUCCGGCCUCUGCCAGCCGCCAAGUCAAACUCCAGCUCUUGGACGCCUUCCUGGUCUUUUGCCGCCUUCCUCCGGCUUGCUUGUCGAAUACCCCGGCGAGCGCAAUUCUGAAUGACCCCUUUGUUAUUGGCCGCGGCCAGGCUUUUGAGGCUAGCUUCGAGAAAGAAACGGCCAGCAUAUCGCCAGACCUCUCGAGAAAGCCCCCAGAGUUUAGACAGCAAGGCUCAAGCAUGGCGCUGUCUCCAGAAGCCCUCUUCCCCGGAGCUGCGUGGUUUCGAUAUCUCGAUAAAUGGCCCGACGUUCACAAGCAAAGGGCAGACCAGGUCGACUGCUCUUGGGUCUUAGGGACACUUCGGUUCUUAGUGCGGAUCAUGGGCGUUGAGGAGCUGGCGGAAUAUUACUUGGCCAUGGAGUGGCUCAACGAGCCGGGCGGGGCAAAAAAAGUCGCAAAGGGGCUUCUGAAGCGGUACAGCUCCAACCUGAAGCUAUACAACGCGUACGCGUUGAUCGAGUGGGCCAACAAGAAUGACGAGAUGUCUACCAAGGUCCUCGUCUCUGUGACCAACCAAAAUCUAUCGUCCAUACCAUCCGCCUCUCAGCUGCUGUGGAAUACCUGGACAUGGAUUUGCCUAGAAUCGGGGCAGAAGCAAUUGGCUCUUGCUCGACUCUGCUCGUCGGUCGACGCGAGUGUUGGCAACUCGGCGACAUCUCCUGCACUGCUUCUCAAGGCCAGGUCCCACUUCUCCAGUAUCCGGGACUAUUCGCUGUCUUCUCUGCAGCUGGAGACAUCGGCCCAGUAUGCCGAAAGCCUGGCCUUGCUCGAGUACCUUACCGCCGAAGGGGGGUCUGAGCCGGGGUCCGAGACACAGGGCAACAUAACUGCGGCCCUUGCAAGCAUUAACAGCUUCUCCGCAGAGCUAGCGGCGCGAGACAUGGGCAAAUCGGCACACCACGAACGCCUACUCCAGACAGCUGCGCGGCUGUUGUACUACCACGCAACGCACGGGCCCUACAGACCCGUCUACGUACGGAAGCAGCUCCUGGAAUUUAUCAAGCUCUUCCCUCAGAACACCAUCUUUCUCGAGCUGUUCGCCUGGGCCGAGUCGAGCCUGCGCCUCAACGAUCCGGUGCGCGAGGUUCUGCAGAGUGUGGCGCUGGCCGAGCCGAACGACGGCGUUAGCACCCGGCGGUUCGCGAUCCAGCACGAGGCGCGCGUCGGGACGGUGCACUCGACGCGGGCGGCGUUCGAGGCCGCGCUUGAGGGCAGCGGCGGCAGCGCCUGCAGAGGAAACGUCGAGCUGUGGCUCGGCUACCUCCGGUUCGCGGCGCACUCGGCGGCGGUCAGCAAGGAGCUCAAGGCGGGCCAGGCCAAGGCCGUCUUCUACCGCGCCAUCGCCGCCUGCCCGUGGGCCAAGGAGCUGUAUCUCGAGGCGUUUGGCCCGGCGCUGGCCGCCGACAUGAGCUCGGCCGAGCUGCGCGGCGUCUUUAGUACGAUGGCGGUAAAGGGCCUGCGCACGCAUGUCGACCUGGAGGAGUUUUGGGACCAGUGGCAGCGGCGCAAGGCCGAGCGACGGUAG